AUGACAUACAAGACCAACUAUGAGUUGUGGAACCCCGCACUCACCUCGCGCCGCCCAUCGCAAAUGUCAGAUAUCGACAUCAUCCUCGCGCAAACAUACCCUCACGUAGCCAUGCUACCAUACAUGCAAUGCCAGCACUGCAACUACGAGGAAUCCGAAGAGGAGCAACAAGAACACCACCCACAACAACACCAACCAAGCAGUCCAUCCAGUUUCACCACCACCUUUUCGUCGCCAUCGAUUCGCUCGGAGGACAAUGCAGAUUCUUUAUCCACGACUACAUCGAGUCAGUAUAGAUGGCUCUGCCUCAACAAUCAAAAACGAUUAAAGCUUCGACAUCGACUGAGGCAGUUAUGGAAACGGGCUUCGAUUUAG